AUGCGAGAAACCACGACACCCCGCUCGACUCGGCUCUCGGCUUCUCAGCGCCUCUCAACCCCGCAGGCGCAGCAUACGUCGUCGCGAGCACCGCUGAGCAUCGUGUUCUUCUGCCGUAAAUGCGGUGUGGCGUACGGUUGCGUUGGCGCUGCUUUCAAGACCUGUCGCGCCGCACUACAGCACAUUGAAUCCCUUGAACGAAUCUGGGCUUGUUCAAGGGUUCAGGCAUGCGGUCAAGGAGAUACGCGGUUGCUGGGCGUGUUGAAGCUCGGUACUGAUAAACUGAACGCGUCAUCCGCGUUCGAGGCGCAGUUGGGGCUACUCAUCCGCGUGGCGAGUCUGAGGACCGGCGCGGAGAGGUCGUCUUCGAAUCUCGAUGCGGAUAGAGCGUGGGCGCUUGCGGGCAGUGAUGGAGAAGGCGUGGGGCCGAUAAGCGACGCAAAGCUGGUCGCGGACGAUGCGGUGUUGGCUUCAGAGUACGCGCAGACGAGCAACUUCGCGCCCGCCGUGCGCGACGCCGCUUUCGCUCUUGAUCGCGAUGGCAUCUGA